CCUUCUUCGCCACCAUCGCUACCUGCUGCUGACAGUCAGCACCCUGGUAUUAUCAAGCACGAAUUUCUGCAUCGGGAAGCUGCAAUGCCGAUCAUGGCUCGCUCUGCAGCUUCACCAGCCUGCCUAAGCACAAUUUCGAUUGAUACAGAGCUGUGAGACUCGCGCGUGUCCGCACCGCCAGGAAGGGAACAGCCCCGAGACGUUGGCCAUGAUGAAUUGUACAUAUAAAGCGCUGGAUGCUCGAGUUCUGAUGAAAAUCUCGACUCCUCCGAGGGUCGUCAAGCUCUUCACACUUAGUUUCUUCUCUUCCGCUAGAAGUUCAGGGCCUGGGUCUUGAUUGAGAAAUGCCUCUGAUCGAAUUGGCAACCGUGCGCCUGCACCCUUCGUUGUCUUCCAACCUAACCGACUCCUUCACUGCCACCUGGACUCGAGCCUGCGGCCUCGCCACUUCCGCUGCGAAUGGAGUUCCUUUCCAACUUUACCACUCCAUUGACCCGACAACCGAGGACGUGUACUAUCUUGUCGGCGGUUGGCAGAGCGGAGAUGACCAUAUUGCAUUCCUCUCGACCCCGGAUGCAGUGGCCCUGGCCAAAAGCAUUGGCGAAUAUAUGACUGUUGCGCUUGUGCGGCAUGUUGAUGGAGACAUCAGUGCUUUGGGCCAAGAGGAUGGAGGAAGACCCAAGCGAUUAAGGGUCACAGCAUAUCAAGUCCCUGAAUCAAUGAUUGACAACUGGGCUUUGAAGUGGAACAACAGCCCAUUUGCAAGCACGGGUGCUGGGGGAUGGGACUUGAGCAGCUCGGUACAGAAACAACAUAAAGCCUUCAAACAGAUGGGUGAGGCGACGAACAGUGUUGCCGCGUUCGGCGGCAAAGACGAGAGUGGCAGCAAAACCUGGGUAUGGCUCGAGAGCAGCGGGAACAGGUCCGAAGAGACUGAAAGAUCUCAAUACCCUCUCGAAGGAUUUGAAAACAUUCAGGCUGAAGUGUUUGAGAUGAAAUAUGUAGUGGGGUAACUGCCGAAUUGGUGGCCAUCAAGAUAUAACAGCCCAGUAUGGCAGCCCGCGGCGAUCCUCAUGCUUCCAUCUGUUCGUAGCUCCGGGCUUUUCAGAAUAAUACAUGAG